GAAUUUCCUCUUCUCCCCGCUGAAAAUCUAAUGGAACAACAACUUCAUAUCAUUCUGGAUGAGAAAAGAACUGGUAGCUUUUCUUCAAUUUUUGUGUCAGAGGAGGAAUGUCAUCAAAUUGAGGAGAUGACACGACUACAAGGAGAGAAUCCGAAGUGGCACGCAAUCCGUAGGGAGAGAAUUACUGCUUCAGUGGCUGGUGAUAUUGUAAAGCGGAGAGCAGCCUAUGAACCUCUAACUGGAAGACUGAAGACAACAAGAAAAGUUGUUACAGAGAGCAUGCGUCAUGGGUUGUCAUUUGAGGCAGUUGCUGCUGACGCCUUUGUUAGACUACUAGAUAACAAUGUCAACAUAUACCCAUGUGGAGUUGUAGUUAGCCCUUAUGCUCCAUGGCUUGCUGCUACACCUGAUCGGAAGGUAUACAACCCCACCAUGAAUCAACCUUACGGCUUGCUUGAGAUCAAGUGCCCUGUAAAACCCUUGUCAGAAUGCAACUACUUGACUAAAGUUGGAGAUGUGUGGAGACUGAAAAAAAAUCAUAAUUACUUCUACCAAGUCAUGAUGCAACUUGCAGUGACUGGUCUAAACUGGUGUUACUUCUUUGUGUGGCUCUGUGAUGAAAAUCACUUGGAGGUUAUCGAGUUUGAUGAGGAGGAGUGGCAAGACAUGAAAAACAAGAUAGAUUCAUUCUAUUUUGAUCACUUUCUUGAAUAAAAGCUUUGUCUUUUAAACCUCA